CUGAAAAUUGAUAGUAAUAGUAAUUAAUUACCUUACCUAUAUCACUCGCUUUUUCCUCUAUCCAAUUUCACCACAUUUCUUUCUAGUUCUACUCCACUUUCUAUCGAAUUUCGACUAUGGCUACAGUUGUAUUUCUUGCUAUUACACUGGCUCUGGGAUCUGCCUGCGCCUCCGCCAACUUCACCUUCCCUUUUAUCUCCUCUUUCGGUGAUGAAGCUUGCAAAACAACUAUUUUUGGAAAGGGAAGCUGCGUGCCUUCGAAUAAUAGUGUUUUCGGAUUCGAGUGUCAAUGCCAGAAAGGCUGGAAACAGUCUCGCCCUGCGAAUGAUCAGUUCUUCAAGUUCCUGCCUUGCGUCGUUCCCGACUGUAAUGUAAGUUUCAACUGUGAUAUGCCUCCUGCUCCUGCACCCAAUCUCAAGAACGCAAACCAAUCAGUCUUUGAUCCCUGCUCGUGGACUGAUUGUGGAGGGGGCUCGUGCAACAACACCUCCAUGUUCACACACUCAUGUACGUGCGAGGAGGGCUACUACAACUUGUUCAAUUCCUCUUCCUUCCCGUGCUACAAAGAAUGCGCAAUGAAAGGGGACUGCCCGAAUCUGGGAAUCGCCCUGGGGAACUCAUCAAAUCCGACACCCUCGGGGCCAGGAAGCUCCAGUGUCGUUGGAGACAAUUCAAGCCACGCAGCAUCAAGCUUGAUCACCUUCAGUUGGCUGAUUACCAUAGUUGCAACAUUAGCUCCAUUUCUAUGGAACUACACUUGAAAGAGAGCCACUCAUCUUUUCCAAGAUUAGCAGUUUGUUUCAUAAUUUAUCAUCACAGUCUAUCUAUUGUAUAAUUACAGUUUUUAGUUUUGACUUAAAGAUCAAGUUUUUCCCCCAAA